UGCGUUGCAAAGCGAAGCCAUCUUCAACUUCAUUUCAUUUCAUGCGCUUGUAUUUGUUUUACAUAAAUCAGAAUAAAAUUCUAUUAUUAUUUUUUUAAAUAUUAAGAAUCCAAUUAAAUAUCCAAAUAUAAACAAAUAAAGCUAAAGAAAACAUUAAUUACUGAACUACACUUAAAAGUGCUUGAUUUAUCUGUGCGAUAUUUAUAGAAAUCUCUCGAAUUGUGGACAUCUCUUUCGGAUUUUUGUGUGUGUCAAGAAAAAAAUGGCGCUAACCAAGAAUUUUUGACGAUAGAGAAAAAAAAAAAAGAUUCACGUGUUUGUGUUUAGAGAAAAUUCCAAUGAAGUAGAAUUUUUAUUUUUAUUAUUUUUGUUUAAUUAAUCUUUAAGAUAAAAAGUUACACACAUUUGAAAUAAUGUCAGAUGAAGUUGAAUUAAUAACUCCUGAACCUCCAGUCGAAGAAAUUCCCAAAGAAGGAAUCACAAUGGAAGAAAUGCUUAAUGAUGAAACUGUAAAUGAGAGUAUUGACGAGUUGACAAGCAUUGAACGAGAUCUUGCUAUAAUGCAUGAUAUCGAUGAAGAUGAACCAAAUGUUUUACAUAGUGGCAUUGUCGAAGAAGCACUCGCCAUGGGCGUCGCUUCUUCGUCGAAUGAUGUUGCCGCUGAUAAACAAGAUGCGUCUCCGGCUUCAAAAGCCGAUGAUGCACAUGACAAUUCAGCUGAACGUCGAAAUGGCACAUCAAAUAAUAACUCGGACACAACAAAUGAUGCCCCUGAUUCGACUACGGGGUCGGCAGCGGGUCCCGCCAAUAAAGUCGAAGAAAUGCCUUUAAUGCAUGAUGACCUUUUGGCGGUUUUGAAAGGCACAGAUACCGAAGAUAGUGGUGAACCUAAUGUCACUAUCGAAGGCGAGGGAGAGUUUGCAAUUGUCGAUAUAAUAGACAAUGAAAUUGAAUUCCCCGAACCAGAUCCUCUGGCAAAGGAAUUGGAAAAGCCCGAACCUCUUACUAAAGAGCAAGUGCGUAAGGUUGCUUUGGAGCAAUUUCAAUCACUUUCAAAAUCCUCACGAAAUCGUGAGGCUAAUCGCCGCCGGAAACAAGAUAUAAAGUCUAUUACACAGCCGGCAGAUUUGGUGACUUCUUUGGUCUCUGAUUGGAGUGAUGGGGAUGAUGCUAAUCCUGAUGAUUCAGAUGAAAGCAUCUCGCCGCCUAAGAAGAAGGUUGCACCUUCGGCGGUGCAUGUAAAAGUCGCACAGGCGAAAGUACCAACUCAAGCUGCUUCGAAAACGGCGGCGGUGGUAACAACAAAACCGGUACAGCCUGCCAAAUCAGCGCCAGCGGCUAAAGUAGCUGCAAAAGCACCUCAGAAGCCUGUUCAAAAGGUAGAACCAUCUACAGAGAAGGAGAAACCAGCUCCAGCUGUAUCUACCGCAGCAGCUGCAUCAAAGAAAGCCGUCGCCACUUCUCAGCCUAAGAAGGUUAUCAAUGCUGAAAAGAAACAACCAGAUCCCCCGCCGCAACCAACAUUUAAGCGAACUAGAAUCAUCAAGAGGAAGAUAAUAUGGGAUCCGGAUGCACCGGAAACUCAGUUUUCAUAUGCCAAAUUGGUUAAACCGAGUACCCCGGCUGCCGGGAAGAAGGAGAAAGCUGCUGCUGCUGCAGCAGCAAAAUUAAAAGAUGAUUCAGAAGAUGGUUCGAGGGCGGGAACACCGCCAGUUAAAAGGCCACCGUCGACGACUCCGUCGGUUAAUGGAGGAAGUAGAAAGAAGACUUCUAGGGAAAUCGACCGGUUGUUGGGUGAUGAGGGAGCUGUUAAUAUGUUGAAUUCAUUGGAGACAGAAAGGUCGAAACGCACACCAGAUAUUGAGACGAUUUCACCGAGGCCGACAACAGCACGAAAGGCGGUAGCAGCAGCAUCAUUGUCGCCAGUUGAAAAGCCUUCAACAGCGCCGGCAAAGAAAGAAACAACCUUAGCGAAAAAUCGCAAGACAAAACCAAAAGCAUCCUCCACCUGGGACUAUGUGUACAAACGCAAGAAGCAGCAAGAUGAUGAUGCUAUGAUUAUUCGUCGAAGAUCGAAUAGCUCCUAUUCGAGUUCGGCAAGUAUCAAUCGUCUUAGCGUCGAUGGUCCAGGAUCAUCUGGCAAAUCAACAAAAACUUCAAAAACCCCUACAGGAAGUGACGCCGUGGAACCAAAGACGCCAGAGACUGACAAUCAAUUUGAGUUUGCAAAACCAGAAAAUAAAUCAAAAUUAAAGAAAAUGAAGAGUCCGGUAAUUCUUGUCAAUGCCUUGUCAGUCGAUAUGAAAAAAGGAACAGCAAAACGAAUUACAAAGAGUUCGGUGGCUGAUGAUGAGGAUGAUGACGAAGAAGCAAGAGGAGAUGUUAAAGUUUUGAAUAUUGGAAAUGUGAGGCAAAUUACUUUCAACACACAUCGAUCAAAGUUGGGAAGUACUUUAACUGUGCCGCUCAUGAAUGAAUUGUGUAGAGUUUUGGAGGUUUUAAACAAGGACACAGAAUGCAAUGCUGUAUUGAUGCUUUCAGAAGGUCCAAACUUCUGCCAAGGAAUCGAUUUUACCGAUUUGGCUGUGGGAACGGUGGAAAAGAGAAAAAAUGCUGCUAUUCAAAUGGCAAAGGCAGUGAAAAACCUGCUUACAACACUUGCUCAAUUCAGCAAACCUCUCAUAGCUGGCGUAAAUGGCUCCAAUUCUGGAUUAGGAGUUACAAUGUUGCCUUUGUUUGACGUAGUCAUUGGCAGUGACAAGGGAACAUACGAAACGCCUUAUGCUAAAAUUGGACAAAUUCCUGAAGGAUAUUAUAUUUUCUCAGAAACAUCAAAAAUACGUUCAACUUUUAAAACAAAACUUCUCUGGCUCUCGGAGAAAUUACACUCAACAGAGUCUGCAUUAUCAGGUCUUGUCAAUAAACUGACGAGCAUUGGUAAAGUAAACGAAGAAGCACUGAGUGCAGCAAAACGAAUUGCAUCGCUUUCUCCCGAGACCUAUUCAGUGAUGAAGAAACGAAGCAUAGAAAAUGCUUUACCACAAAUUAUUGACUCACUUGACGAGGAAGAAGAAAUUUUAAUACGACAAUGGUGCAGUGCGCCAUGUGUGGAGAAUUUUAAACAUUUCAUCCAAAAGGGUCAAUGGUGAAACAAUUAUAAUUUACUGAUUUUUAUUUUAAAAGGAAACUUGACGAAUUCCUCCUUAACAAACAAAAUCCAAAAUUAUAUACUUGAGUUAUGUAAUAAACAAAAAAAUAAAAAAAAAAUAGUUAGAUUAUAAAAAAUAUUAAAAAUGUUAUAAUUUGUCACUUCUUUUCUUAUCAAUUUUGUAGAUGAAACUUUGAGCUUUUGUUUUUAAUGAAACGAAAGGAAAAUCACCAUGUUGAAUUAUUUACACAAAAUUAUGUUGAAGAAAAAAUUAAAUAAAUAAAUGUCGCAUUUUAUUUUUAAUAAAAAUAAGAAAGACUUUUAGUAAUUAAGUUAAAUAUCAGAAAAAAAAAAAAACAAUAAUUGGCGCAAGAAUACGAAUCCAGUCGAAAGAAAAACCUUAUACGGCCAUGUUAUUGACUAAUUUCUAAAUUCGUUAAUAGUAUGGUUGUCAAUAUUUUAUCAAAAAAGUUUAAAUAAUUGUAAAUAUAAAAAUAAAAUAAGAACCAACACAAAGAUUCAUUACAAUUAUACAAUUUGUGCUUUUUGUUAAAAUUUUUGAUUACAAAUUUCGCUGUUUUUUAUUAUUAUUUUUUUUUUUUUAAUUUUAUUUUGCAUUGCAAUACAUCUUACCUAUAAUUUG